UUCAGACUGCGAUCGUUUUUUGUGAUAAUUGCGCCGAUCUUGUGCCGUUAUGAUCUUUGUCGGAACACGCCGCGUUGAGCCCAGGCAAAACCGAGUGCGCGUUCACAUAUUAAGGGAGAUUCUGCAGUUAGGCACAGCACCGUCCGAUGGUCUGGGAGGGGAUAGCUUUCUAUGGAACGCUAGUGCUUAGAAGACAAUCCAUUUUUCAUCUCUCUUUGGCCCCAUGGCAUAAAAUAAUCCACUGAAUGGUGACAAAAAUGUUCGGAGACGCCAAGAAUCCGUUCAAUCUCGCUUCUGCUUCGAGUCGUUUAGGUCUACGUGGAAACCUGGACGCCUGCUUAGCUUAGCCUACCCUAGUUUAGCUGCUAGCAAAGAGAACAAACAAACAGCGCGCUUGGGAUCAACAUAUAACGCCGAUCAAGCAAACAUCGAGUCCCAAAGAUGUCAGAUGUCAGUCAAGAGAAACGCCAGGAGUUUGGUCGCAUCAAAGAAGAAGAGGAGGGGGAAGAGUUGUCACAAAUCAAGAAGGAGGAGGACGACGAAUUCGUCCACAUUAAAGAGGAGCAAAAGGAGUAUUUCAUUAAAGUUGAGAACCCCCACAUUGAGGAGCAGCAGCAGCAACCUCAUCCCCUGAAAGGGGAGGAUGUUAAAGAGGAGGUCUCCAAGUGGACUGGUGAGCCCUUGAAGGUUGAAGAUGGAGGUCCGAUUGAGGCCAGCGGAGGGGCGGAGCCUCCCAGUGGCGGCAGCAGUUGUUCAAAAGAAGGAUCCCACCUCAUCACUCAACCAUCAGAGAUUGACAAUGCCACAUCACACUCGCUGUUGUAUUUCAGCAAAUAUCUUGGUCCUGAGCGACAGGAGCCAGGAUCUCCUGGCGGUGAAGAGGAUGUUGAGCCCCAACAAAUCAAAGAGGAGGAGCCAGAGUCCUGUCAACAGAAGGAUGGUAUCAACCGGUGGACUGGUGAGCCCUUGAAGAAUGAAGAUCAUCUGGGCGAGAGUAGCAGCAACCGUGACGAGAAACGUUGCAAAUGCUAUCAUUGCGGGAAAACCUUUGCUAAUAUCUAUAAUUGUCGUACACAUAUGAGGUGCCACACUGGUGAAAAACCUUUUGUCUGUUCGGUUUGCGGUCAAAUAUUUCGUCACAAGUCCACCUUAAAAUCACACGCAAGAACCCACACUGGAGAAAAACCUUUUGCCUGCUCAAUUUGUGGUCAAGUUUUCAUUCAUGAGCGAGACAGAAAAAGGCACAUGAGAAAAAAACACACCGGAGAAAUACCUUUUCAAUGCUCAGUUUGUGGCCAAAUAUUCAGUCACGAGAGUGCCUUAAUCAGCCACACAAGAACCCACGCUGGAGAAAAACCUUUUGCCUGCUCAAUUUGUGGUCAAGGUUUCAUUCAUGAGGGAAACAUAAAUAGGCACAUGAGAAACAAACACACCGGAGAAAUACCUUUUCAAUGCUCAGUUUGUGGCCAAAUAUUCAAUCUCGAGCGCGCCUUAAUCAAACACACGAGAACCCACAAUGGCGAAAAACGUUUCAAGUGCACAGUUUGUGGCAAACGUUUCGACUACAAAAGCCACUUUACAGAACACACAAGGACCCACACUGGAGAAAAACCUUUUGUCUGCUCCGUUUGCGGUCAAAGAUUCAGUCAUAUGAACAGAUUAAAAACUCACACCACAAGGCACACUAGGCAAAAACCUUCUUCCUGCUCAAGUAGUGAUCAAGGUUGCACUGAAAACCAAAGCUUACAAAACCACAUAAAAACCCACACCGGAGAAAAACCUUUCGCUUGCUCAAUUUGUGGUCAAGGUUUCAUUCAUGAGCGAAACAGAAAAAGGCACAUGAGAAAAAAACACACCGGAGAAGUACCUUUUCAAUGCUCAGUUUGUGGCCACAUAUUCAGUCACGAGAGUGCCUUAAUCAAACACACAAGAACCCACAAUAGCGAAAAACGUUUCAAGUGCACAGUUUAUGGCAAACGUUUCGACGACAAAAGCCACUUUACAGAACACACAAGGACCCACACUGGAGAAAAACCUUUUGUCUGCUCCGUUUGCGGUCAAAGAUUCAGUCAUAUGAACGGAUUAAAAACUCACACCACAGGGCACACUAGGCAAAAACCUUCUUCCUGCUCAAGUAGUGAUCAAGGUUGCACUGAAAACCAAAGCUUACAAAACCACAUAAAAACCCACACCGGAGAAAAACCUUUCGCUUGCUCAAUUUGUGGUCAAGGUUUCAUUCAUGAGCGAAACAGAAAAAGGCACAUGAGAAAAAAACACACCGGAGAAGUACCUUUUCAAUGCUCAGUUUGUGGCCACAUAUUCAGUCACGAGAGUGCCUUAAUUAAACACACAAGAACCCACGCUGGAAGAAAACCUUUUGUUUGCUCAAUUUGUGGUCGAGGUUUCAUUCAUGAGCAAAACAGAGAAAGGCACGUGAGAAAAAAACACACCGGAGAAAAAUCUUUUCGAUGCUCAUUUUGUGGCCAGUUAUUCAGGCACGAGAGAGCCUUAAUCAAACACACAAGAACCCACAAUAGCGAAAAACGUUUCGAGUGUACCGUUUGUGGCAAAAGUUUCGACUACAAAAGCCGCUUUACAGAACACACAAGGACCCACAGUGGUGAAAAACCUUUUGUUUGUUCAAUUUGCGGUCAAAGAUUCUGUCGAAACAAUGACUUAAAAAUACACACUACAAGCCACACUGGAGAAAAACUUUUCACGUGCUCAGUUUGUGGCCGAAAUUUUACCCACAAGGGCCUCUUAAUAUCACACUCAAGAAUCCACACUGGUGAAAAACCAUUUGUUUGCUCAACUUGUGGUCGAUGUUUCUCUGAAAUGCGAUUUUUACAACACCACAUGAGAACCCACACCGGGGAAAAACCUUUUACCUGCUCAAUUUGUGGCCGAGGUUUCACUGUAAAGCACAGCUUACAAAGCCACAUGAGAACCCACACCGGAGAAAAACCUUUUGUAUGCUCAAUUUGUGGCCGAGGUUUCACUGUAAAGAAAACCUUACAAAGCCACAUGAGAACCCACACCGGAGAAAAACCUUUUGCCUGCUCAAUUUGUGGUCGAGGUUACAUUGUAAAGCAAAGCUUACGAAGCCACAUGAGAUCCCACACUGGAGAAAAACCUUUUGCCUGCUCAAUUUGUGGUCGACGUUUCGCUGUAAAGCCGAGUUUACAAUACCACAUAACAACCCACACCGGGGAAAAACCUUUUGCCUGCUUAAUUUGUGGUCGAGGAUUCACUGUAAAGCAAAGCUUACAAAGCCACAUGAGAACCCACACCGGAGAAAAACCUUUUGCCUGCUCAAUUUGUGGUCGAGGUUACACUGUAAAGCAAACCUUACAAAGUCACAUGAGAUCCCACACUGGAGAAAAACCUUUUGCCUGCUCAACUUGUGGUCGACGUUUCGUUGUAAAGCUGAGUUUACAAUACCACCUAAGAACCCACACCGGAGAAAAACCUUCUGCCUGCUCAGGUUUGCCCAAAGAUUGAGUGCAUCUUAACCCUUUAGACCCCAAGCAUUUUUUUUGUAAAAUUAGGUUUUGAUUUUUCUACGAGUAGUUACAAACUAAGUUAACAGUUCAAACAUGCUUUAUUAUAGAUAUUUUUAUUCCCGAAUCACCAAAAGAUGAUGCCAUGAAAUAUUCUCCAAAAUAUUCACAUUUUGAAAGUGUCAUAACCAGUGCACAGACUUCACUAUCAUUUGACGGGGAACGCAGCACUGGGCCGAUCCCUAGGGGGCCUAUAUUCAAACAUUCAAAAUUCAAAUAUUUUCAAAACCAAAGCCCCGUGCGACCUAAAACCAGAACAGGCCUCUCCCUUAGGCUAAUAUGAGUCUCCAUGAGCAGCGGCAUCAAAAAAUUCAAAUGAAAUCCCAAUGAAUUAUUUUGUUUGUAUAUAAGUAUAACAAAACUUAAAAUGGCUAUAAAAUUCUCUUUACCCUUGAUGCACAAAAAUGACCAAAUGCAGAGAUAAUCAACUACAUGUUAAAAAUUGCUAUUGAUCCUGAAAAUGUUUUUGCCCGAAAUAGCGACUUAUUUCAUAUAGUUCAAUUUUGAGAUAAGUUUUCAACAGCUGUUCAAUCACUGUUUUCACAUACUUGAGGGAAGCAUGCAGAACCAUCUUAAUUUUACUCAACAAAAGCUAAUUUUCCAUUUUUCUACGUACAAUCACAGCUUAUUUAGGUUGAUUUCCGAUGUCACUAUUGACAAGCGUUGUACUAAAGUAAGAGUAGCAUUACUUCCAAAUAAAAUCGCUCAAGUAAAAGACCUGACACUGGGAGAUACAGAUCUUAGACCCGCCCAGGUUGAUUUGGGGACAUUUCGAGGAGACCUGUUGCGGGACGUGUCCUAUCAUACCUGUCAAGUUGUUCGGUUUCGGCGUAAUUUGUACAAGUGAGCACUGAUUAUUAAAUGUGUACGCCGUACGUUCAAAAUCUGAACGUUUUUCGUGCAUUACCGUUUUUGUUCUCCGGAUUUUGUCACUGUUUCGGCAACGAGACAAUGUGCGUUACUAUGCGUUACUACGUUAGCUGAAUGACGCGUGAAAAGUCAGAUGCACGGAGAGCGAAGCGUUUGUUGUGACUGUUGAAAACGCGAUGCUAGGCUAGGUGGCUCCAAUAUUUCCUGACUGUAGCCGACAGCCUACAAUCUACGCCUAGAUAUCUCAUGCAUGUAGAACUACUUGCGAAAUGACACUCGGUGGCGUUACUAAAAUGCCGCCAUCUUAAAGCAGUAGACUUCUCAGAAAGGCUCUGUUGUAGUCAGUGUUGUCACGGAUUACUUAAAAAAGUAAUUUAAUUACGGAUUACUGGUUAUACCUCAAAAAAGUAAUCUAGUUACUUUGCUGAUUACUUUAUUAUCAAAGUAACUAAGUUACUUUAAAAGUAACUUAUCAGUUACUUUUUACCAAUGUUUUCUCCUUUUGCUGCCUCAACAUAAAAAUAACAGACAAAUGUCAUCGCUUGUAAUUGAGUUUUUCACAUAAGGCUUAAACUUUGAGUUAGCGGGGGUUUAAUUAGUCGAUGGAGUUGAUUUCAACCACCAUUGACUCGCCCUAGCUUCGCCAUUCCGGAGCUCUAAAACUAACAAAUAACUGACAAACUGCACGAAAUGUGUUUAAAUCAACUCCAACGACUAAUUAAACCCCCGCCAACUCCAAGAUUAAGACUAAUGUAAAAAAUUCUGAACUUCCCCUUCGAAAUAAAGAGCCGUUAAAAUGUUGUCUAUAAAAGUUGUAAAGCAAUAAAACAAACAACAAAAAUUAAUGAAAUGAACAAAAAUCCUACAAGGUAAAGUUUUCAUGAUGGGUCAAAAUCAUUUGCUUAGCCAAAACUACACCAGAGGAGGCAAGAUGGAUAUUUAGAGUUUCUGUAAUCCUAAGCUUUCAAACGCUACCAACAACAACUUGAACAGUUGAUUGAACUCGAACAUUGUCAAGAUGUGUAUAUAUUAGGGCUAUCAAACGCUAAAAAUUUUUAAUCGAGUUAAUUACAGCUUAAAAAUUAAUUAAUCGUUUAUUCAAACCAUCUAUACAAUAUGCCAUAUAUUUCUGUAAAUUGUUGGAAUGGAAAGAUAAGACACAAGAUGGAUAUAUACAUUCAACAUACGGUACAUACAGUAAGUACUGUAUUUGUUGAUUAUAACAAUAAAUCAACAAGAUGGCAUUAACAUUAUUAACAUUCUGUUAAAGCGAUCCAUGGAUAGAAAGGCUUGUAGUUCUUAAGAGAUAAAUGUUAGUACAAAUUAUAGAAAUUUUAUAUUAAAACCCCUCUUAAUGUUUUCGUUGUAAUAAAAUUUGUUAAAUUUUCAAUCAAAAAAUAAACUAGUAGCCCACCAUUGUUGAUGUCAAUAAUUACUUACACAAUGCUCAUGGGUGCUGAAGCGUAUAAAAUCAGUUGCACCCAAGCGCCAGCAGAGGGCGGCAAAACUCCAUAAAACACAAUUAACAAGUAGGCAUUUCACUGUACUGUCAUUUAAAUCUGUCUGAGCGGGGCAUGUGCGUUAAUUGCCUCAAAUAUUUUAACGUGAUUAAUUUAAAAAAUUAAUUACCGCCCGUUAACGCGAUAAAUUUGACAGCCCUAGUAUAUACAGUGGGGAGAACAAGUAUUUGAUACACUGCCAAUGGGUUUUUCCAUUGGCAGUGUAUCAAAUACUUGUUCUCCCCACUGUAUAUAUAUUAGGGCUGUCAAACGAUUAAAAUUUUUAAUUGAGUUAAUUACAGCUUAAAAAUUAAUUAAUCAUAAUUAAUCGCAAUUAAUCACAAUUCAAACCAUCUAUAAAAUAUGCCAUAUUUUUCUGUAUACUAUAUAUAUAUAUUCUGUAAAAUGUUGGAAUGGAAAGAUAAGACACAAGAUGGAUAUAUACAUUCAACAUACGGUGCAUAACGACUGUAGUGGGCAUUUCACUCUACUGUCAUUUAAAUCUGUCUAUGCUGUCCUCACUCCGACGCGUCUACUUUUUCCAAAGCUAGACAGCUAGUGAACGACGCCUUAAUAAUCAGACUUCUUGUUUUUUCAUCUGAUUUAUUAAUAAAAUAGCCUCAAACCAUUGUCCUCUUUAGACCGUCGUAAAACUACACAAAAAAAAGUACACAAGCAUUGCAUUAGCAACAACGUUAGCUUAGCACGCUAUACAGGUUCACUAAACAUAAACAAAAAGCGUCUCAUACAAAAAAAUAUAACAUUUCGCUUACUAACAUAAUAUGUACAUUCUUUACAACAACCAUACUUACGGACAAAUCUUGUCCAAGGAUCAUAUAAGCACAACAUUACAACGCAGGCGUCAGCCCGAGACGUCCUGCAGCCAUAUUGAACUGGCAAGUGAACAAUAAACCAUGUCGCAAAGCGACCACAAGAGUUCGCUGUUGGACAGCACAAAAAGCCUUGCUGUGAAACUUACCAAAAGGCAGAAUACUGUCUGAGCGGGACAUGUGCGUUAAUUGUGUCAAAUAUUUUAACGUGAUUAAUUAAAAAAAUUAAUUACCGCGCGUAAACGCGAUAAUUUUGACAGCCCUAAUAUAUAUAUAUAUAUAUAUAUAUAUAUAUAUAUAUAUAUAUAUAUAUAUAUAUAUACAUACAGUAUUGGCCAAAAGUUUGGAGACACUUCAAAGGUGGAUACUUUGAAGCUGUUUUCAUUUAUUUCACUUUUUUGCCAUUCCACAUGUUCGUUCAUAGUUUUGAUGUCUUCAUUGAGAAUUUACAAUCGUAGUGAAAAUACAGUGGUACCUCGACAUACGAUCGCUUCUCAGAAUUAGCAAAAGAAAUGUUCCCUGACUCAAAGAUUGCAUCGGUAAAUUAAUUUUAUCAAUUGACCUUUUUAAUUUAUAAUUGGACACACUAACGAACUACCUUCAAGUCAAACUGAAUUGUGAGAUGAAGUGCAGCCAUCAAGAUAUGAUAGAAAUUGCCAAAUGUGGUAUAACAAAAGUCACUUUUAAUUGUAGUCAUCAUGAUGUAGUUGUAGAUAUUGAUUGUUCUUUGAUUGCUCCAUGUUAUAUGUUACAAUAUCACCAAUAAAUUCAUAUUAUUUGAUAAAUUGAGUUUUAUUUCUGUUUCAUAUUGCACGCUAUACACAACAUUGUAAGAUUAGUCACCAACUUGUAACGGCAUACGUCACUAUUUGUAAGCUUGCCAACAGCCCGGGUUGACAGGUAUGCCUAUUGAUAUCUGGUCACUUCCUGUUGAUUUGGGGACAUGUCCUAUUGAUAUUGAAGUCCAGGGACUAUGAGCUAAGUUAAUACCUAUGCUCUGCUCACAUGCAAGUCACGUACAGACUCAAGUUACAUGUUCAUAUUACAUACUGUAUUUGCCCUUGUAUAAUCAAGUGUUUAAAAAAAUGUGUGGAAAGGAGAAAGUCAUUCUGAAGGAAUCAUUCAUUCAUUGUACUGGAAAGGCUGUGUUAACAGUGUAAGGACAUCAUUAAAAUGUUUAACUAAUAUGUUAAUUAUAGCUGUGAUGUUGAUGCAAGUGAUCACUCUCAACACGUCACUGUUAUUUGUCCAUACUCUGGCUUUUUUAAAAGUUUUUUUUCUGUGUUUCGUUAAAAAAAUGCAUUGGAAAAAUUACACUAGGGAGCUAAUAUUUCUCCAGGACAGUAAAAACAUGUAAAGAUCAAAAUGGCACCAUGCUGCAAUUUCUUCUUCCUUCUUUUCUUUGCAACUUAUUGCAAACAGGCUGGGGAGAUUUGCACUAAAUUCUUGUAAUAAUGCCAUGUUUUGGCUCAUUGACUCCCAUUAUAAAUCAUAAUUUUUGAUGUGCUGUAAACCUGAUGUGUUAUAAUGCAUUUUCCCGUGAUUACUGAUGCAAUCGCUUCUUCGGCGAGUCAAAAACAUGGAAAUAGAGGAAUUUGUGUGUUGAGAGUCUUAACACCCAAAAGUCACUCGGGGGCGCCAUAGGCCAAUACAUGAAUUUGCUUGCUAAGAAAUGCUGUCAUUAUGACUUACGGACUUAUUUGGGCAUCUAACUAUGUCAUAUGAAAUAUUCAAAUUAGACUUUUAUUUUAUAUAUAUAUAUUCGGGCUGUCAAAAUUAUCGCGUUA